UCAGGGGUUGCGAUUAUGAUUAUGGUCUGCAUCACAAAGACUAACCUUUCACCAAGCGCUAUUGAGAUUUGAUAUCAGAUACUAUACUACUUCUUUUACAAGUGACAAAUUACCACCGUCUUGGAGUUGGGUCUUCACUAGGAAACACACCACCCAGAAUGAAAUUCUCGAAUCUGCCCCCCAAGCCUCCCUCCAGACAAAUCCGCGCCCUCCAGGAGGAUGAUGGCACAACAAUCACAGUCUACCAAGCCUACCCAUCCACCAUCGCCACAGCCGCUGUCAUCCAUCAGAGACUCGAUGCAAGCCCCGAGUUUCGCACCACCCGUAUGACCUGGAUCAAGCCCAGUUGGGCCUGGAUGCUCUAUCGCUCAGGAUAUUCUUACAAAGAUCCUGGACAGGAGCGCAUAUUGGCUAUCAAGAUGAAGCGGGAGGAUUUUCUGGGGUUGUUGAGAAGGGGAGUCUUGACUCAUGGUACUGCUCCUCCUCAUCCAGGGCCACAACAGGGGCAGAAAAUGACAAGUGAUGCUCAAGAACGAACAAGCGGGGAGAGUGGAGAGGAAGCAGCGCCCAAAGAAAGUACCAGGGAAAGCAAGAGGAAAGACAGGUUACAGUCGCUUGACGUCAAGAUCCAAUGGGAUCCCGAGCGGACGGUGCGGCUGCAUAGUCUGAACUAUCGCAGUAUUCAGAUUGGGAUACCAGCCGGGUUGAUCAAAGAGUGGGCGCAGGAUAUGAUUGUGAACAUUGAGGAUGUUACAGACAAAGCGAGAACGUUGAAGAAGAUACUUGAUGAGAGGCCAGAUAUGAAUGAUGAGGAAUUGGCUGAAUUGGGGCUGAUUCCAAAGGAGACUGAGUUUGAGGUGCCAGUCGAGUUGAGAAGUCGAUUAGGGAUGUAUCAUGAUGGGUUGGUGAUGGCGUCGGACCCGUAGAAGGAGUGCAUGUGCGAGGUGUACUUGGUGGACGAGACAAUGGGGUCGAUGUCCGAUGUUCCUCUUUCGCAUGAAGGGUUCGUGUUCGGUGUCUGCGAGGACGCUGACCGUCUCGACCAAGAACAGGGCGGAGAGAAACCGCACUGCGACAAGGGAUGUGUGGCAUCUAUAUUGUUGAAGAAAUGAGUCAAGAGCGCAAAGGAGGGCAGGAACGGAAUGAGAACGGGAUAACAUCUCAAACAGUAGCUUGAGUAACUCGGUAGUUAACUGUGGUGUAUCAGAGAUUCAUUGAGAGACCAAAGUUCUGGAACAGUCGAUAAUAAGAAUAUUCAA